AUGGCACCCCACGCCGAGCUGCCCAACGAGCGUCAAAGUGGAUUUUCAUCGAACUAUCUGCCCCCUCAGCAUGCUGGGGCGGUCAAACCCAACAUUCUAUAUAUCAUGGCCGAUCAGAUGGCUGCCCCAGUACUGAAGAUGCAUGACCCGCAAUCUGUUGUCCAGACGCCGAACAUUGACUCCCUCGCCGCCGAGGGCGUCGUCUUCGACAAAGCCUACUGCAAUGCACCCUUGUGCGCGCCUUCGAGGUUCUGUAUGGUGACCGGUCAGCUACCGUCGAAGAUCGGAGCGUACGACAAUGCUUCCGUGCUGGGCUCAGAUAUCCCGACCUACGCACAUUACCUGCGCAAAGAAGGUUACGAGACUACUUUGGCCGGGAAAAUGCACUUUAUCGGGCCUGAUCAGCUGCACGGCUUCGAGAACCGACUGACCCCGGACAUCUACCCUGGAGAUUUCGGGUGGUCCGUCAACUGGGACAAGCCGGACGAGCGCCAAGAAUGGUUCCACAACAUGGCCUCCGUAUUACAGGCCGGUUCCUGUGUCAGAACAAACCAGCUGGAUUUUGACGAGGAAGUCAUGUACAAGAGCUCGCAGUAUUUGUACGACUACGUCCGAAAGGGACCAUCGAAGAGACCGUUCUGUCUGACAGUUUCUUUGACACAUCCGCAUGAUCCGUAUGCCAUCUCAGAGGAUCUCUGGAAACAGUACGAAGACGUCGAGAUCCCUAUGCCGAAAGUAAACAUCAAGCAAAGCCAGCAAGACUCUCAUUCCAAGAGACUGCUCAAAUGCAUCGACCUUUGGGAUAAUUCGAUACCGGAAGAAGCAAUCCGCCGAGCUCGGAGGGCGUAUUUCGGAGCUUGCACCUAUGUGGACAACCAGGUUGGCAAGCUAAUGAAGAUCUUGAAAGAGUGCAAACUUGACAAGAACACAAUCAUUGUGUUCAGUGGGGAUCACGGUGACAUGCUUGGCGAGCGCAGUCUCUGGUACAAGAUGUCUUGGUAUGAAAUGAGCGCUCGAGUGCCACUGAUCAUUCACUAUCCGCCGCUCUUCGUACCGCGCAGGGUCAGGGAGAGCGUGUCCACUCUUGAUUUGCCCGCCACGCUUGUCAGCCUCGCUGGUGGCCGGCUUAACGAGCUACUCCCAAUGGACGGCCACUCCCUAUAUCCCUCCCUUGUCGGCCGCGCAAUUCGGGAUGAGGUCUUUGGUGAGUACAUGGGCGAAGGCACCGUCUCACCCGUUGUCAUGAUACGCCGCGGACGCUACAAGUACACAACAUCUCUCGUCGAUCCACCGCAGCUGUUCGAUCUCGAAGCCGAUCCGCUGGAACUAUACAAUCUCGCAUCUUCUGAAGACGCUCAGUACUUCGAAGUGGCCGCGCGCUUUGCGGAGGAGGCACGGCAGAAGUGGGAUCUCAAGCGCAUCCACGAGGACGUUUUGGUGGCGCAGCGGCGCCGGAGGCUGUGCUGGUCCGCGCUGACACAAGGACGCUUUGAGUCGUGGGAUUAUGAGCCACCGGCAGAUGCAUCACAAAAGUACAUCAGGUCGACCAUACCUCUGGACGACCUCGAACUCAGGGCUCGAUACCCGCCUGUCGAUGCCGUGGGCCGCGUUAACAUGGCCCGGCAGCCACAUGGGCUCGCAGGCGCCAGGGGUGAAUGA